AGGACUCAAAACACAAAAAAAGAUCCAUCACAAAGGGAAUAUGCAAACAUUUCCUAACCCGCCGAUCUGUAAAGCAAAAGGGAAUAAUCACCAUCUUAGUCCGACUUUCUUGCAUGACCGCGUUAAAUGGCAAACCAGAAAGCAAGAAGGCGGAAGAAAAAAAAGAAAAAGAAAAAGAAAAAAGUGCCAACAACAAGUCAGCUUCAAAAAAUCGCUAAGGACCAGCCGCGUAGUCGAAGGAUAUUAAUACAAAACAAAAGUGAAGAUGCUUGGACCAUAUGCCACAAACAAAAGAGAUAUGAGAUAUACCCCUCUUCGUCCGCAGACGAAGUAUCGACAGUCUGCCGAUAUUUCCACUAUUUAUAGAGGUGCUUCAGUUGAUGAUGCUCGCCGGAAUUUCCGGGACGCGAAGCCUUUCGUGGUUCCAUAUUUUCAGA